GCAAUAGAGGAAAAAGUAAAACUCUCAUAUAACAUUGCAUCACAUGGCCCAGAAGAAAUCAUAAAGGAAUUGGAUAACAUCAUACAAAUGGAAACAACCGUUAAGAAGAAGAUGCUAAAGAAUAAA